AUGGCUGAUGUCUGGCUUUAUGUUUGGCUUUACUAUAUCAGCGGUGACCACUAUGGUAUUGGGUACCGGAAGAUUAGCGGGCUGUUGCAUGCGUCACCGAACCUGGAGCAUCUGUCUCUUCCCUCCAUUGAGGCGUUUUAUCCCGGCGAGGCGGGAGUGCCUAUCCUGGAGAAGGUGAGGUACCUUGAUCUCGGUGACAGCGCGCCGUCGCCGUAUUUUCUUAAGCGUGUUCUUGAAGCCUGUCCGAAUCUCGAAAGAUUCGAGCUGCAUUGGAUUGUUUCGGAUGGAUACGACGAAGACUCCGAAGAGUGGUCGCCUCUGGAUAGACGACGGGCCUUGCAACGCGUUCAAAGCUCUGUUCGCGAGAUCAUCUUCGAGGCUACCAUUGAGUUCCGGGACGAUGACAAUCUUGAAGAAGGCGUUCCGACGCUGCGCGAUUUUUCGCGCCUGGAGAUCCUCAAAGUCAAUGACAUCGCUCUGCAAGCGCUGUACAAAGUCUGGACGCACCCUAACCGCCACGGAACUGUGGAGCAAUUCGUAUACCAGGUGUUUCCGUCUACGAUUAAGGAGCUUACUCCCUGGGGUCCCGAUGCCUCUUGGAUCGAGGCCGUUCGCCCUCUCUCUCGAGAGGCUGUUGGCGAGCAGUAUCCCCUCCAUCCAAGCACUGCAGCCGCCAGAACAUCCCCAACACACUCGCUACAACCAUGGCUUCGGACCUGGGAUCUGUGCAUGGCGGUAGAAGAAGAUGCCUUCACUAUGCAACAACCUCGUUGA